AGGAUUGCGCUGAACCGUUUCCUUCACAGACACUCGUCUUGAAGCUUAACAGAGUGUUACUUUGCGAAGAGAUCGAGCAUCAUGCCACCCAAAGCGAGCGGCAAGGCGGUGAAGAAGGCCGGUAAGGCCCAGAAGAACAUCAGCAAAACUGACAAGAAGAAGAAGAGGAAGAGGAAAGAGAGCUACGCUAUUUACAUUUAUAAAGUCUUGAAGCAGGUGCAUCCCGACACCGGAAUCUCCAGCAAGGCGAUGAGCAUCAUGAACAGCUUCGUUAAUGAUGUUUUCGAGCGUAUCGCUGCCGAAGCAUCGCGCUUGGCGCAUUACAACAAGCGAUCGACGAUCACGUCUCGAGAGAUUCAAACUGCGGUCAGACUUCUAUUGCCCGGAGAACUGGCGAAGCACGCUGUGAGUGAAGGCACCAAAGCAGUCACCAAGUACACCAGCUCCAAGUGAACAGUUGCUCUCAACCAACGGCCCUUAUCAGGGCCACAAAUUACUCAUACGUCCGACAUUCUCACAUUUCGCAAGCUUUAAGAAAAAAAUUUUAUUUGUACUUUAUAAAUUCACCAAACUCAAGAGAGGAAAGAAGCAGACUGGAGGGUUGAUUUUGAUCAUUUGCAUAACAUAAAAGUAUAUCGGAAAUGAACGAAUAUACAUACGAGUUUUUAUUCGAAUGCUCCACUAGUAUUUUUUUCAUACUUAAAUUCAAAUAUUCCAUAAUGUACGACAAAUAAG